UAAAUCAAAGAAAGCCUCUCCCAUUUUUAUUUUCAAAACGACAGAGUUUUCUGCGAUUUCAAUUCCUUAGCUAACACGUUCAAAGUUCAAAACAAUUCAUCUUCGAUCAGAAUCGGAACACUACGGCAUUUAAUCGGCGAACGAGAAAACAAAAGUUAAAGGAAAUAGAGGAAGAAAAUGAAGAUCGACGUUAAUGCGAUGGCUCGUAGAGUCGAAGUCGAUAAUCGAAUUCCUCUCCAUUAUUAUUACCGAAUCGCCGAUAAUCUCCUCAAACAGGCAAGCAUUUACCGAGACGAAAAGAAUAUAGUAGAUUUGUAUAUAAUACUACUAAGAUAUUCAAGUUUGGUAUCAGAAACUAUACCAUUUCAUCGGGAUUACCAUGUUUCACUUCAGAAAGAAAAGGCUAUGUAUAGAAAGAGGCUUUUAGCUGUACUUGAUGAGCUUGAAUCUUUGAAACCAAAGGUUCACCGGAGAAUUGAAGAACUAAAUAAAGCUCGUGCAGGGGCUAAAUUGCUUGAACCUGAUGGCUAUAAAACCUCUUCCUAUGGCUCCGAGAAGACAUCACCUUUGGAGUGGCCCCAUGUAAAUAAAGGAUCUAGUAUGAACUUGGCUAUUAAGCAGCCUGCCAACAUGGCUGUUCAAUCUUCAUGGAAGUAUAACAAUGAUUGUAAUCAAUUUGACAAGCAGCUCCAGAAGUUGUCUCUCAAUAUACCACUUCCAAAUAAAGAAACAUUGUCUAGACACUCGUUUCUUGGUCCUAAUGGUCUUCGAGGCCAGUGGCUUGGACCUAGUGCUGAGAUAAAGGUUCAAUAUCCAAGCAAUAUGGACUUGGUUCCUGCGGAAAAUUCCGGGCCAAAUCAGGCUGGACAAUACGGUCCUUUGGCUGUAAAAGAUGGUGAUCCAGGACAGGUUGGUUCUGCAAUGGAGUCAGUGCUCUCCUUAGAUGAUGGUCAAUGGUUACAGCCUGCUGAGGGUUCGUGUCACCCUUUGAUUACCGAAGCAAAGGAGGACCCUUUCCAGUUUGUCAGUAUCAAACAACCUUUGCCUCCUCCUGUUCUUGCUCAAGUGCAGCAAGACUUUACUCCAAUACCUCCAUCAAGAGUGGCUGAUCCAAGACCUGGUCCAGCAAAGCCAUCUGAAGAUGGAAUGCCAAACACUAAUUCAUAUCAGCAUUUACAUGUUCCAGUACGCAUGAUGGAGGAUUUCUUACGACUAGCUCGGGCAAAUACAGAAAAAAAUUUGGAAACAUGUGGUGUUCUAGCGGGAUCAUUGAAAAACAGGGUUUUCCAUAUCACCACACUUAUAAUCCCAAAGCAGGAGUCCACUUCAGAUUCGUGUUCAACAUUAAAUGAAGAAGAAAUUUUUGAAGUUCAAGAUAAAUUGUCUCUGUUUCCACUGGGUUGGAUUCAUACACACCCAACUCAGACUUGUUUCAUGUCAUCGGUUGAUCUUCACACUCAUUACUCAUAUCAGAUUAUGUUACCAGAAGCAAUUGCAAUUGUUAUGGCCCCUACCGAUACAUCCAGCCCACAUGGUAUCUUUCAUCUGUCCGAUCCAGGCGGUGUGUCCAUCAUUCGGAACUGUCAACAACGAGGAUUUCAUCCGCAUGAGGAGCCUUUAGAUGGAGCACCAAUCUAUGAGCAUUGCUCUCAUGUAUUUAUGAACCCAAAGAUAAAGUUCGACGUUGUUGAUCUCCGGUGAGGUAAAAUUGUAUUGAAUCAAACUGAAGAGAAUCAGAGUGCAAAUACAGCGUAUACUCACUCAAAAUUUUCAUGAAUUAUAUUGUAAGAAUUAUAAACCUACCUUGCUUUACAAUGUAUAUUAGUACUUUCUUUAAAAGAACCGGUCAUUUUGAGACUACGUCGUUUAAGAUGGCAUGGAAAUGAGAUUAAAUAAGAACCAAAUUUGGGACAUGUUUUUACUGCA